GACAAAAUAACCACAAAGGAUAGCUCAGUUGUUAAAGAAUUAUUCUUAAAGAAAGUCCAUUGAGUUGGCUUCUUCUCCAUCCCUUGGGGCAUCAGCCAUCAGGCAUUCUAUGGUUUUCAUUCCUCUUUAUCUUCCAUGGUUGAAACUUGAAAGUGGGUUUUGAGGUAAAACCAGAAAAUUCAUAGCCCAUUGGAUGGAUAGUUGAAAAUUUUGAAAAAAAGGGGAUGGAAUGAAAGAGAAAGAAAGCGAAAUGGGAACAAAAAUGGAAGGUGGAGAAAUAUCAGAACCUCUCGUGUCGACUGUCUUCUCAUCAACGUCUUCUGUGAAACUGAAACAUGGUCUCUUCACAGAGUAUGAUCGAACCCACCUCUUUCCUGCUCUGCUUCUCUCUCUUUUCAAGUUCUGACGCUACCUAGUCCUCUCUCUCUCUGCCCUCUUACUUGCUUCUCUCUGCUUCUUCCAUGGCGUCUAUUUAUAAAAAAUUUUUUAGCGAUUCAAACGCGACCGUCAAUUGUACAGUUGAAAGCUUUGUUCCAGCAGUAAACGAUACAACUUUUUGUUCCGUUUAUGCUUGUCCUCCUUAUGCUUCUGUUUUUUUCCCUCCUCCGACGGUCUCUGUAAGUGAUGAAUCCCUUUCUCAGAGAUUCUCCCCGAUUGUGAUCAUCGUCUUCGCUGUUCUUGGUGGUGCUUUUCUUCUCGUUACCUACUACGCCGUCAUCGUGAAGUACUGUUCAAGUUUGAAUCGCGCAAGGAUUGCUCCACCUGAACCAGACAAUGUCCUUGGAGAAGAUUUUCUCGAUGAGGAUCAGGGACCCGUUAUAGAUCACCCUAUUUGGUUCAUCCAAACGGUGGGUCUCCCUGAUAACAUCGUCAAUUCCAUCACCAUCUGCAAGUACCAGAGAGGAACGGGCUUGGUUGAAGGAACUGAGUGCUCAGUUUGUCUCGGUGAGUUUCAAGAGGAUGAUACUCUGAGGUUACUACCCAAGUGCUGCCAUGCCUUCCACCUUCCUUGUAUCGAUACGUGGCUCAGAUCCCAUGUUAAUUGCCCUCUGUGUCGUGCCCCAAUCGUAUCUAACAUCGCUAGUUUUGGGCAUUCGUCGACUGCAACUGAGCCGAACUCAAGCAAUUCGCGUACAGUUGAUGAAACCCAGUUGGGGAAUUCAUCGAGUGAUGGUGCUUCAGGAAGCAAUCAGAGCGGCGGAGGUGGGGUUGGGACUGGGACGGAGGAUGAAGUUGGAUUAGGGGUUGAUGGUGGAACAAAGGAUGCUGAGAUUGAAAAGGAGGCCAUGACUCUGCUAUCGUCCCGUGCAAAUUCUGGGCUUCAGAUGGUCAGCAUCGACUUGGGCGAUGAUCGUCUGAAGGAGGAAGGCAACAUAGUUCCUGUAAAAAGGUCUUUUUCUAUGGGUUCAUUUGCUGCAGCAGUGAUGUGUUUCUCUCCAUCUAAUUUUCCUCUAUUAGAAUCGGGAGGGAGUUCAGUGAACGAAUCCAAUUCAGAACUUGUUUCCAAGGGCCAAGUUGGAAGUCCCAACUUAUUUAAGCUCAUGGGUGGUUCUUUCACUCGGCAAGCUCUGAAAACUGGACCUAUUGCCAUGAAAAGAUCAGUCUCGUGCGGCGGAAAGUUCUUGCUAUCAAGAUAUGGCGGAACCAAGAGAUCGAUUCUUCCCCUGUGAGAUCUUUUACUCCUCUCGUCCUCUUCUAUAUUUAGUUGCAGUGGAGAUGUCUGCAAGACUAUGAUAUCUCAGAUGCCCCCCAACAAAUCGGGGUCCUCUGCUCCUCCCCUUCUUUUUUUCUACAUCAAAAUAUACAAUAAAGCUAUAAGCUGAUGAACUGUAUAUAAGAUAAAGGAAGAUGGAACUGAAAAUCAGAGUCGAGUCGUCUUGGGACAAAGAAUUUUGGCAUUUUAGCUGGCGUUUCAAGUUUGUUAGGGGAACCAAGUUUGAUAUGCAGAACCAAGUAAUUGUGGCAUUUGUUUCUGUAUCUCUUGCAACAAAAAGGAAAUUCCUGAUGUAAUUUUUCACAUCUCUACAAAUAUGUGAAAUGCAGGAUUCAAAUGAAGAAUCCGACAAAAGUAUUGUUAUAUUUUUAUCAAUUUGGUUGGAAAUGUUAUAUCCGAUACAAAAUUAACCAUUA